GAUAUACUAUCUCCCGCCGAUUACCCCCAUCAAGGCGGAAAGGAUUGCACGUCUGAUAAGGCCUUGCAGCGAGGAGACCAUCCAGGUCCCUGUAGAAUGCUCGCUAUUCAUUUUGGGACGAUAGCCACUGGCGAUUCCGUCAUUAAAGAAGCGAGUUUGAGAGACAAGUACGCUAAUGACCCGGAGCUGAACAUUCUAUAUUUUGAGAUGGAGGCGGCAGGCUUGAUGAACAAUUUUCCCUGCCUGGUCAUUCGUGGAAUCGGUGAUUAUUGUGAUUCACACACAAACAACAACUGGCACAAAUAUAACACUCUGCCAGCAGCCUCAUAUGCAUGGGAGCUACUAGAAAUUCUGAAUCCAAAAAGCAUCAUACAUUUGCCUUCAUUGGCUGUCGCUCUUGGAGAUAAUUAG